AUGGCGCCCUUACUGGGUGAGCCUCUGGAGAGUGCCAAAGACGCCCCAGACCUCGUCGCCCCAGAACCAGAGCACUGCCCCGGUCCGACGUCCUCGCAGGCAGGCCAGAGUGACGCCUGCGCCGGCUGCCCCAACCAGGCCAUCUGCGCCGCUGCCCCCAAAGGCCCCGAUCCAGACAUCCCCCUUAUCACCGCCCGUCUCUCCUCGAUCAGACACAAGAUCCUCGUCCUCUCCGGCAAAGGAGGCGUGGGGAAGUCAACCUUCUCCUCCCUCCUCGCACACGCCUUCGCGUCCAACCCCCGCUCCACCAUCGGCAUCAUGGACGCCGACAUCUGCGGCCCCUCCAUCCCCAAGAUGAUGGACGUUGAGUCCGAGACCAUCCACGUCAGCGCAGACGGCUGGAAUCCCGUCUGGGUCUCGGACAACCUCGCCGUCAUGAGCAUACAGUUCAUGCUACCCAACCGUGACGACGCAGUGAUAUGGCGCGGCCCGAAGAAGAACGGACUCAUCAAGCAGUUCCUCAAGGACGUGGAGUGGGGGGAGAUGGACUAUCUGAUAGUCGACACUCCGCCGGGCACCUCUGACGAACACCUCUCCGUCAACUCGCUGCUGAAGGAGUCCGGGGUCGACGGUGCGGUGCUGGUCACCACGCCGCAGGAGGUAUCGCUGCUGGACGUGCGCAAGGAGAUAGACUUCUGUCGAAAGGCAGGUAUACGUAUCCUGGGACUGGUCGAGAACAUGUCUGGUUUCGUGUGUCCCAAGUGUACGCAUGAGUCCCAGAUAUUCAGGGCCACGACGGGCGGCGGCAGAGAGCUGGCCAGAGAGAUGGCCAUCCCGUUCCUGGGCGCCAUACCGCUCGAUCCGCGGGUGGGGAUGGCGUGUGAUUUUGGAGAGAGCUUCUUGGACACGUAUCCGGAGAGUCCAGCCUCGGUGGCGCUGAGAGACGUCGUCAGGCAGAUCAUCCAGCUCGUCGACCCUUAA